CACAGGUUGCUACAAAUGGCGCUGAAACUAGCCGGAAAAAUUAAAACCUUGGCUUCUACGAUUAUCAUGUCUCUGAGGACUUUUAUCAAACACCUUCCGAGCAACUCUCUUUUAGUACGCUUCUCAUCCCUUCACUCCCUCUCCUCUCUCUCUGCCUACCCACAGCAUCAAAAUCACCCUUCAAAAUCUCAAGAGCAAGGCCAAGACCCAUAUGCACUAAUGCGUGAAGACCCUAUUCAAAUAUGCUCAGAAAUCUGGGUUAAAUCCUUCUCAACACCAAAAUCAAAGCCAUUCUCCAAUCUCUCAGGGUUCCUUUCCAGAUUCGAUAUCUGGGUAUUAGCAUACCAACGCUCUGUUGCUCAUUUUACUGGCUCUUUCCCUACUCCAAGCGCCAUUCAUUCGCAGACGCUGCACCAUCUUCUCUCUCUUCGUAAUGCUGUUGUUAAAGGUCAGUUUCAAUGGAAUAUGAAGACUGAGUUGUAUAUACGUAGCCCACUUGAAAAACCCAUUACUGAAUUUACCUCCAAAACAACAAUGAAGAAGAUUUUGGGUUCUAGUAAACCGCCGUUUCAGGACCGUGUUGUUCAGGAGGUGUUGUUGUUGAUUCUUGAACCGGUAUUCGAGCCUAGGUUUUCGUCGAGAUCGCAUGGUUUUCGCCUAGGGAGAAAUGCUCAUACUGUAAUUAGGACUAUUAGGAGUAAUUUUGCUGGGUAUCUUUGGUAUUUGAGGGGGGAUUUGAGUGAGGUGUUGGAGAAGGUUGAUAAGCGUUUAGUUAUGUGUUGUUUGGAGAGUGUUGUGAAGGAUAAAAGAGUGUUGGGUUUGAUUAAUUCGGCUUUGGGAGAGACUGCGAAUCAUGGUUUAAUGUCUGAUGAUGCUAGGAAGUUGAAGAAAGUGAUUGGGAAAAGGAAGAAGAAAAAGGGAGGUGACGGACGGCGAAAGGUUUUGAAUCCGAAUGAGCCGAAACCGGAUCCUUAUUGGCUGAGAACCUUCUACGAUUUUGCACCAGAUGAGGCAGCAAAGGUGCCGAAUUAUGGGCAUUGUGGAAUUCUUAGUCCUUUGCUUGCUAAUGUUUGUUUAAAUGAAUUAGAUCAUAUGAUGGAAGAGAAUAUGGUUGAGUUUUUUAGGCCGUCCAUUCUUGACUCGAUAUGGAAAGAUUCAAAUUCUGAUGGUUGUCAUAACCCUGCUUGGCCUGAGUUUGUCCCAUCUGGUGGGAAGGAAAAAACAAGAAAAAUGGAUUACAUACGAUAUGGUGGUCAUUUCUUGAUAGGCAUUCGAGGAUCCCGGGAGGAUGCUGUGAAGAUUAGGGAGGAGUUGAUUGAUUUUUGCAGUAGCAAAUUAAGAAUAAAAUUAGACUACUCGAAGGUGGAGAUUGAACAUGUAAGUAGGGGAAUUCUAUUUCUUGACCAUAUCAUUUGUCAUCGUGUAGUAUACCCUACAUUGCGUUACACAGGUACAGGUGGUAAAACUGUUAGUAAAAAGUGUGUAGGCACAUUGCUUUCUGUUACAGCUAGCUUACCUCAAUGUAUUCGCCGAUUCAGGCGCCUUGAAUUGUUGAAGGGUGAUAAGGAUCCAGAGCCAUUGCCCUGUACUGCAAUGCUUUAUUCCAGCCAAGCUCAUACAAACUCUCAGAUGAAUAAGUUUCUUGAAACUAUGGCUGAUUGGUAUAGAUAUGCUGACAACCGUAAGAAAGUUGUUGGAUUUUGUGCUUAUAUUAUCCGUAGCUCUUUAGCCAAACUAUAUGCUGCUAGGUAUAAGCUUAAAUCGCGUGCCAAGGUAUACAAGAUAGCUUCCCGUAGUCUCAGUCAUCCUUUAAGGGGCAAAGGAAACAAUGGGGCAUCUGAGUACUCAGAUCUCUUGAAGCUGGGUCUUGUUGAUACCAUUGAAGGUGUGCAGUUUUCCCACAUGUCUUUGAUCCCAAGUUGUGAUUAUACCCCAUUCCCUCGUGUUUGGAUCCCCGAACAUGAACAAAUCUUGCUUGAAUACAUCAAAUUACAAGAUCCAAAAUUCUUUUCUGAACUACGUAAAUCGAUCAAGACACAAGGUCUAAGUCUACCCCAAAAUGAGAUAUCUGAAAUUGUUUGGGACUUUAAGAUUCUUGGUGCACCCAGGUUUGACAUCACAUCGGAAAAGCAUCCUCAAGGUUAGAAAUGGUAUAUUGCCAUUAUGGGAUCAAUUUUUAAGUUCUCUUUUGGUCUAUACUAUCACAGCUGUAGACUUAAAUCAUGUGCAUCUCAGCACACUUAAUGAAGGGGAAGCUGAACAUUCAUAGAUUGCAUAAGUUUCUAACACAGGAAUGAGGUGAGAUGACAAAAGGAUUUGAUUUAUUUCAUCCUUCUCCAUUACUUACGUUGAGGAUUUUAUAGUUCUGCUUCAUGGGUUAUUCACCUGUUCCUUGUUACUAUGAAACUUUAAAGAACAAUUCCCAACCUAGUUCUGCUGAUGAUGGUGCUGUGAAGUAUGUAUAUUUCUGAAUGACAUGGUAACUAUUCUCAACAUAGUCGUUCACCUAUCAAACAACUAUGAGGACUUGGUGGAUAUCAUAGCGAUAUUAAUGGAUUAACUGCUGAAGGGUGCUUUAAAUGUGAUCCACCAUUGGGACUAAGACAGUAAGACCCAGGUUCUAUGUAGAUUUUAUUAUCGGAUUCUUAGCAGCAGCUCCUAUCUGGAUUUCGAGGAUUGGGAGGCUUUGCAAACAACAAUUACUAGCGUUCAAAAAUCAAGACAGAGAUUUGCUUCAUAUUGUCAAGACAUUCAACAUGUCAACUUCCUGGUUAUGUCAGGAGAUAUGCGACCAUUGCUCUACCUCUGAUGUUGUGACCAGAUACUCAUCUAAAUUGAUUGAGGUCUUCCGUACAUGAGUGUGGUCCCAUUUGUUAACAGAAAUUUGACUCUGAGAAACUGAGUGAAGGAAGAACUUCUAUUCAGAAUACUCAAGCACAAAACAAGCUCAGCAUCAUGCAAAUGUUUUCUCACCAAGCUAGACAACAAACAGGGAUGCUACUGUAUGUGGUCAAGUCUUUGAGGAGCUUAUGUUAGAGAGACUUGUAAUGGAUUUGAUCGGUGCACGCAUAUGUCUGUAAUGUUCCUCGGAAAAACUGCUGAUUGCUAGCUGAGGUUGAACACUGAAGACCGACAGAAUGCCUAAGAUUUUGAAACUGUGGAUGCCUGUUGUGUGUGCUAUGAGAUAUGAUGAAUCUUUCGGAUAACCUAUUGUUCAGAUGUAGGUACCGUGGUGCAAUAUGGCAGCGGGUGCUAGUAAAAUUGGGAUUUAUUCAUGUUGCUGCUGAUUGGGCUGGUCAAGCUCUGUAGCUGUGAAAACUGUUUACACUGAGUCUGACAGUGCUUAAGAUAGCACAAACAGCUAAAUCUGCAAGUAUUCUAAGCCAAUGUAUAUUGAGUCAUGUAAUUGUAAUUAUUGAGGGAAAUAGUUGCUCAUUAACUGCACAUCAUGUUCCUCUACGGCCCGUUUAGUAGCCGGCCAUAAAUGGUGUCAAUGGGAAUGAAUUUGUAUGUAAAUUGGUAAAGAAAAUCAAUAUUCAUUCCCAUGGUAAUGCAAGUUCACUCAAAAUUAUCUCUUUUUCUUUAUAA